AAAAACAUGAAUUAUCAGAAUAACAUUUUCUUAUUCUCCUCUUUCUUCUUAUUCAUGACUACCAUUAACGCCAGUAUUCUAAUCAACCAAACAUGCAAAAACUCCUCAAAAACCAAACCAAACAUCAACUACAAAUUCUGUGUUUACGCCUUACAAUCCUUCCCUGCUAGCCAUUGUGCCGAUAUCACUCGUCUAGGCCAAAACGCCAUCACAUUAAUCAAACAUAACGUAACCGACACGAGAUGUUACAUAAAACAACUAUUGCAAUACAAGAAGAUUGGUAACGAUACGAAAUCGGCGUUACAGGAUUGUAUAGAUCUUUAUUCGGAUUCACUCUCUACGUUAAGAGAGGCUAUAAUCGAUUAUAGAUCGAGUCGAUUUGUCGAUGCGAAUGUUAAGGUGAGUUCGGUAAUGGAUGCUUCGAGUACGUGUGAAGAUGGAUUUGAUGAUAUUGGGGUUGUUUCUCCUUUGAAAGAACGGAAUAAUCGUGUUUUUCAGUUGUCUGCUAUUGCCCUUUCUAUUAUUAAUAUGUUUGAUUCUCCUCAUGUUAUUAGUAUGAUCAAUAUAACAUAAUGCAGGCAUGUUUGGUUUUUGUACUAAUUGGUCGCGACAAAAAUAAUUUGUAUUGUUAAUUUUUAUGCA